GUCGGAGGCCACGCUAAAAGUUCUGCCGCACUGAGGCGGUGUCGCAGAUAACAUCCCACUUUUUAUUGAAGGAGUCAUACUUCGAGAAACUCCUCCCUCCCAUUCUGCUCUUGAGUCUUGCCUACUCUCUUUUUACUAGCCAGGCGCUCGUUUACCACCAUCAUGGCUAGCCAGAAUCCCAUCGAUGCCGCCUCCGCGGGCGCUGCUGCUCCCACAACCCUGCCCGAUCGCACUCAGAACCCCGCCGAUAACCAGGCGGGCGAGUCCAAGAACGCCGCGAAGAAGGCCGAGAAGGCCGCCAAGCUGGCUGCGGCCAAGGCUGAGAAGGCUGCGAAACAUGCUGCUGGUGUGAAGACCGAGGGCAAGAAGGAGGCCAAGAAGGCCCCUAAGAAGAAGGUUGACGGCGCUGCUUUGAUCGGUAUCGAUGCGUCUAAGGAUGAGAACUUCCCUGACUGGUACCAGCAAGUUCUCACGAAGGGUAAGGAAGGAGACCGUGAAAUAUAGAAUGACUGCUAAUGCACCUCCAGGAGAUAUGCUGGACUAUUAUGACGUGUCGGGCUGCUUCAUCUUGAAGCCCGCUUCGUACUUCAUCUGGGAGGAAAUUCAAGACUGGUUCAACAAGAAGAUCAAGAAGAUGGGCGUCAAGAACUGCUCUUUCCCCUUGUUCGUUACCGAGGAUGUGCUGCAGCGUGAGAAGGACCACAUUGAGGGCUUCGCUGCUGAGGUCGCCUGGGUCACCCAUGCUGGCUCGACUCCUCUUGAGAAGAAGAUUGCGAUUCGUCCUACCUCCGAGACUGUCAUGUACCCCUACUAUUCCAAGUGGAUUCGCAGCCACCGUGAUCUGCCCCUGCGCCUGAACCAGUGGAACUCCGUCGUCCGAUGGGAGUUCAAGAACCCCCAGCCUUUCCUGCGAACUCGUGAGUUCCUGUGGCAGGAGGGCCACACUGCCCACCUGACUGAGGAUGCUGCCCGGAAGGAAGUGCUUCAGAUUCUUGAUUGGUAUGCCGAUAUCUACUCGGAGCUUCUUGCCGUUCCCGUGGUCAAGGGCCAGAAGACCGAGAAGGAGAAGUUUGCCGGUGGUCUCUACACCACUACCGUUGAAGGUUACAUCCCUGCCACUGGUCGUGGUAUCCAGGGUGGUACCUCCCACGGCCUGGGCCAGAACUUCAGCAAGAUGUUCAACAUCACCGUUGAGGACCCCUCCGCGAAGGCCGGUGAGCAGAAGGAGGCUCUGCACGUCUGGCAGAACUCUUGGGGUCUGUCGACCCGUACCCUGGGUGUCAUGGUCAUGAUUCACAGUGACAACAAGGGUCUGGUCCUUCCCCCUCGUGUGGCCGAGACCCAGGUCGUUAUCGUCCCCGUCGGUAUCACUGCCAAGAGCACCGAAGAGGACCGUGAGAAGCUCUACGCUGAGAUUGAUGGCCUGGUCACCGUCCUUGAAGCUGCCGGUGUCCGUGUCCAGAGUGACAAGCGUGAAGGCUACUCCCCCGGUUGGAAGUUCAACCAGUGGGAGCUUCGUGGUGUGCCCCUCCGCCUGGAGUUCGGCCCUGGUGAGUCUGCUGGCCACUUCGUCACCACUGCCCGUCGUGAUAUCCCUGGAAAGGAUGGCAAGUCGACCCUUCCUAUCGCCGACCUGGUCAGCGGCACCACUGCUCUCCUCGAGACUAUCCACACCGACAUGUACAACCGCGCCGACGCCGAGUUCAAGGCCCACCGCCCUCAGAUUACUAACUGGGACGACUUCACCCCAGCCCUGAACGCUAAGAACCUCUGCCUCGUGCCCUUCUGUCUGCAAAUGGACUGUGAAGAGUCUAUCAAGAACCAGAGUGCCCGUAAGGCUGAAGAGGAGUCCGGCGAGGUCACCGAUGCCAAGGCGCCCUCAAUGGGUGGCAAGAGUCUGUGCAUUCCCUUCGACCAGCCCGAGGGUAUCGAGCCCGGUGUUACCAAGUGUAUCAACCCCAGCUGCUCCAACUUCGCCGAGAAGUGGUGCAUGUUCGGCCGUUCGUACUAAGCCGACUGGUCACAUCUCUGACCUCCAUGCAAAUCUUCGUCUCAGCUCUUCCAAGAGCAAGAGAUGUAGUCUUUCUUUCUCUGCCUUCCUGUUGAGAACGUAGAGUUGAAUCUGGAGCGUUUCUAAGUCGUAAAAAUCAUUUGGACCCCUAUAUGUGAAGUGGUUUACCAACAGGGGCCCCAUCCAAGAUACCUUGUGCAUCCUGUCAUUGUUGUGGAGUUGGGACUGGAAAAGGAUGUUGUGCUAGGACGGGCACGGAAGUGGUUAGUUACAAUGAGCCUAUGAGCGGAAAUGAGUAACGUAUUUCAUUCUUCAUGCU